AUGGGAGCCCUCGAAAAGAUCGCCCAAAUCCAGGAUGAGCUUGCACGUACCCAAAAAAACAAAGCCACAGAGUACCACAUUGGUCUCUUAAAGGGUAAGCUUGCCAGGUUCAGAAGAGAGCUUCUAGAGCCUCAACCUGGUGGAUCAUCUGGAGGAGGACAGGGUUUUGAAAUUGCCAAAGCUGGAGAUGCCAGAGUUUCGCUUAUUGGUUUUCCUUCUGUGGGUAAAUCUUCAUUCCUUUCACAGGUCACUAACACCAAAUCGGAGACUGCCAACUACGAGUUUACCACUUUGACCUCUGUUGGAGGAAUCCUAGAAUACAAUGGUGCCGAGGUGCAGAUUGUGGAUUUGCCAGGUAUCAUUAAAGCUGCCUCUCAAGGUAAGGGGCGUGGUCGUCAGGUCAUUGCUGUGUCGAGAACAUCGGAUCUUAUAUUGAUGGUUUUGGAUGCAACCAAGGGUGGAGAGCAAAGACAGAUUUUGGAGAACGAAUUGGAGACUAUGGGCAUUCGCUUGAACAAGGAGAGACCCAAUAUCUCGCUCAAGGUAAAGAAGACAGGCGGUGUCAAGUUGAACUCAAUCACGCCGCCCAAGUACCUCGAUGAAAAGAUGGUUACUGCCAUUUUGAAAGACUACAAGAUCCACAACGCUGAUGUGCUCGUAAAGGACGAAAACGUCACCGUGGACGACUUUAUCGACAUCAUCAACGACCAGCAUAUCUCCUACAUCAAGUGUCUCUACGUUUACAACAAGGUGGACGCUGUGUCUCUAGAAGAAACGGACCGUUUGGCCCGUGAGCCCAACACGGUUGUUAUUUCGUGUGAGUUGCAAUUGGGCAUUGACGACUUGAAGGAGGAGAUCUGGCGUCAGUUGGGUCUUGUGAGACUUUACACGAAAAGAAGAGGCGUGAUGCCCAACUUCGACGACCCCAUGGUUGUGCGUGCCAACUCCACGAUUUUGCAGGUCUGUGAUGCCAUCCACAGAGAGAUGAAGAAUCAGUUCAGGUAUGCGUUGGUGUGGGGCUCAAGUGCCAAGCACUCGCCACAGAAAUGUGGACUCCAGCAUCCGGUCAACGAUGAGGACGUUGUGCAAGUUGUGACGAAGUAA